AUGUCUGAAAGUCAUCAAAGAUCAUCACCGAAUCCAAAUGGACAUUCGCAUUCCAUCGUUUCUGAAGAACCAUGGAAAGUCGAUACUCCCUUCGGACCACCAGAAUUCCCUCGCACGUUUCCAAAUGGCGGAAUCCGCAGACUACGAAAUACCCUCUCGAAACUCUCUCCCUCUGCUAUGGCCGAAAAAGAAAUACUUCGCAAAAAGAAUCAAUAUAAGAUUCCCUUGACACACCGGAAUGUGGAUACCUUUGUCACGCAUCAAGUAUGCAACGAGGCUUGCCGACCCAAUCAACGAACACCAGAACUCCAGGUGGUCGAAUGGCUUGAACAUGUUUCUUGA